AUGUUACGGCUAUUUCAAACUUCAAAAAUUUCCCGCAUUCAGUUCAAUGCGCCAAAUUUGAGCAGUGAAACAAUUCAUAACAGCGGUGUAAGGCAAAAUUACGUUCUUAGAGAGAUACAAAAAUUUAGUGAACGGUUUUCUGAGUACUACAAACAUCAGGGCAUCGUAAAGAGUGAGGAAUGGGAUGCUUUUUUGACGUCUCUCGGUUCUGACCUUCCCAUAGCAUUUCGAGUACGCGGAUCUGACAAGGAUGCAAAGACUUUAAUUGAUAUUAUGAACAAAAGGUACUUAGCUUUACUGGUGGAUAGUGGGGAUUCAAAUGUUCACCUUCCUAAACAGCUUCCUUGGUAUCCGUUUGCAUUUCAAAUGGGAAUGUCUCGUUCAUCUGUGCGCAGCUGUCCUAGCCUCAAAAAUUUCCAUAAUUUUCUUGUCACUGAAGCCGAAAUUGGCAAUAUCAGUCGACAAGAAACAGUAAGUAUGAUUCCACCAUUACUUCUUGAUGUGCAAGCUCAUCACAGGGUCCUUGAUGUUUGUGCAGCACCUGGCAGUAAGACUGUACAAAUUAUUGAGAAAAUGCAUGAAAAUGGCGGCAUUCCUGAUGGCAUAGUAGUUGCUAAUGAUGCGGACAAUUCGAGGUGUUAUCUUCUAGUGCGCCAGGCCUUGAGAAGGAUGCCAACAUCUAACUGUAUCGUCAUUAACGAAGAUGCUGCCUGUUUACCUAACUUCUUCACUGAUAAAUUUAUGAUUUUCGACCGGGUUUUAUGUGAUGUUGUUUGUAGUGGAGAUGGAACUCUUCGGAAAAGUCCUAAUCUUUGGGGGAAUUCUUUGCAUAAACUGCAAAUAAGCAUAGCGCGUCGUGCUCUACAACUGCUUGCUGUUGGUGGGCUAAUGGUUUAUUCAACUUGUUCCUUCAACCCCAUAGAAGACGAAGCAGUCGUUGCAGAAUUACUUAGGGCUUUUGAGGGUACAGUGGAGCUUGUAGACGUUUCGUCAAAACUCCCUGGCUUGAAGCGGUCUCCUGGGCUAACUUCUUGGAAAGUCAUCGAUAAGAACAUGAAAAUUAUCAAGAGCGUAGAUGAUGUUCCUCAGAACGCUAGAUCACAUUUCGUUCCAUCUUUUUUCCCUCCCAGUGAGCAGGAAGUUAAAGUAAUGAAUCUUGAGAGGAGGGGUGCUCUUGAGGCUUUUACAAUUCGUUUUUUCUUUUCUAGCUUUCGGAUUCUGCCUCAUACUCAAGAUACCGGUGGUUUCUUUGUUGCUAUUUCUAGGUUUAGCCCAACUGGAAAAACAACUCCAGCUAAAAGACCUCUUUUUAUGGAAGAUCCAUUCAUUUUUUUGGAAAAGGAUGAUGACAGAUGGAAAAAUAUUGCAGAACACUAUGGUAUUUCUGGCUCAUUCCCGUACGAAAAUCUUUUAGGCCGUAUCGCCGACACAGAUAGAAAAAGAACGCUUUAUUUUGUUAAUGAUGCUGUGAAAAAUUUUCUGGAGUUCAAUCAAGGGAGAGUAAAAGUGAUUAACGCUGGUAUUAAGAUGUUUGGCCGAGUAGAACAUAAGUUUCAGCAGUGUAACUUUCGCUUGGCACAAGAUGGUCUUCACACUAUCUUUCCCUUCGUGAAAAAGAGAAUAAUGUCAAUUGAUUUGGACGAUAUGUGCCGGCUGCUGAAGCCUGAAGACGGUAAUGAAAAUGUUCCCCGGUCGAAACUAAAGUGCGGUGAAGCUCUUCAGUCAUUUACUGUUGUUUGCGCAUGGAUGGGAGCUAAUUUUGUUACUCCUUACAUUAGUAAGGAAGAACGAGUUCACGUGUUGCGUAUGCUUGGUGAAGACACUAGCGAGCUGGGUUUGUUCUUCUUUUUAUAUAAAAUGCUUUUGUUGCACUAUCAAAAGUUCACAUUCAAAAAAUUACUUGAAUUAAGUUUCCAUAAACUGUUUUGA